AUGGCCAUUAUUGUCACGGAUCAUGGCGCGGGAUUGAGCAGAACUUGGACUAUAUCCAGGAAAGGCAUGAACUUUGAUGCAAUUUGGAUAUCUCCAAUCGUGGCACAAUUGCCUCAAUCAACCGGCGAUGGACAAGCAUACACUGGAUACUGGGCGCAGGAUCUGUAUGCCCUGAACGAUAACUACGGCACCGCAGAUGAGCUCAAAUCUCUCGUUGAAGCGGUACACGCUCGGGGUAUGUACAUCAUGCUAGAUGUGGUUGUCAAUCAUAUGGGCUACGCUGGUGCUGGAGAUGAUGUUCAAUACGACAAGUUCAACCCUUUCGAUGAUAAGUCUUACUUCCACGAUUACUGCGCUGUUGAUGCGUCGUCCAAUAAUCAAACCAACGUCGAAGUUUGUUGGCUUGGUAGCCAAAUCGUUGCCCUUGCCGAUUUGCGUACCGAGGACGAGGAAGUGCGCACCAUGAUGGGAGACUGGAUUUCAGGAAUGGUUUCAAACCACUCCUUCGAUGGCCUCCGAAUUGAUACUGCGUUGAACGUUGAKCCAGACUUCUUCUCGGGCUUCGUUGAUGCGGCUGGUGUGUUUGCCAUGGGCGAAGCCAUGGCUGGAGAUGUGAGCUAUGUUUGCGAAUGGGAAGAUGAUAUUGGAAGCCUGUUGAACUAUCCUAUUUACUUCCCCCUAAUCCGGGCAUUCUCGUCUACGUACGGCAGUAUCGACGACCUGACCAGCACGAUAUAUGAUCAAUACGAGAACUGUGGCGAUCCGACCACCUUCGGCACGUUCAGCGAGAAUCAUGAUGUCGAACGUUUCCCAACUGUUACCAACGACACUGCUCUUGCGCAGAACGUCUUGGCCUUCACGGUACUUUUCGAUGGAAUUCCAAUCGUAUAUCAGGGCCAGGAACAACACAUUGCUGGAGGUGUCCACCCCUACAUGAACCGAGCCCCUCUUUGGGAAACCGGCUUUGACACAUCCUCUAUGCUCUACCAGCACAUUGCAACGCUGGUACGAGCGCGACAGCACUUCAUAAAGAUGAGCGACAAGUACACUACACAGACCACCGACAUUAUCUAUCAAGAUUACCACAACUUCGCAAUGCGGAAGGGAGUCGACGAAAAUCAAGUCAUAACGGUCCUGACCAACAACGGAGCUGGAAACGAAGACUUUAAGCUUCGUAUCAAGGGACAUGGAUAUAAAUCAGGAACCGAGAUCACCGAAAUAUUGACUUGCACCAACACUACAGUGGACCACAAAGGACGACUGAAUGUUCCAAUGGGCGCCGGUCUUCCAAAGGUCCUAUAUCCCGCAGAGCUCUUAGCUGGCUCCGGAUUAUGCGGGACAGAGGAUUCUACUCGCACCGGCGAACCCACGGCGAGCCCUACGUCAACUGGCACUUCGACCCCGAGCGAUGACGAACCGUCUCCGGGGUCAGCCAGUGCACGCUAUGGGGACACGAAUGUGCCACUUGCGCUCACAUUGCUACUCAUGGCGAUGUUCUCGCUGGGAGGGCUCUCCACAUUGUGGUGA